GAAAAAAUAGCUGUUUGUUAUUUAUUUUGCCUUCAGUUGUUCAUUUGUUUCUCCUCUACAUGUUGGACAGGUAGAGCUGCUGCGUCUCGUCCUGUCGGAUCGAACAGAGCGUCAAAGUUCACAUCACAGACAGUGAUUCUGCUGCUUGUCUCGGCUCUGCUGGCUGCUGCUCUCAUUGUUAUCUACCGUCUCUCUUUUGACAACUGGCAAAAGAAGAAAACUCUCCAAACUCUGAAGGAGGAGAAUGAAGCUCUACGCCAAAUGCUCACAGAAACACAACCAGACAGCACUGUGCAGCCGACAACUUCACAGCUUCCUGAAGUGACACCCUAUGAUCCGUGUCCAAAAUGUGAAGAAGGCUGGGAGCACCACCGAGGAAGGUGCUACUACUUCACCACCAAUAAAUCACCCUGGGAAGAGAGCAGAAAUGAAUGUAGAGAUAAAGGAGGAGACCUGGUGAAGAUAGACGGCCAGGACGAACAAGUACAAAACACACUCUCUUGUAUUUUCAUCUUUACGUUUUACCAUGUCAGCACUGAAAGUGUCAACUUUCCUGCUCAGACUUUCCUGGAGAGAAGACUGAGAGAAGCAAUGAUUGAUAACACUGACAAGUUCUGGAUCGGCCUGACAGACUCACAAGAAGAAGGCAGAUGGUUGUGGGUGGACGGCUCACCGCUGGACACGAGUUUCUGGGGCUCCAACCAACCAGACAACUGGAUAUGGGAAGACCCUGACGGGGAGGACUGCGUGAGGAUGGGGGAGAAAACUGGAGAUGAUGACCUGGAGUGUUGGUUCGAUAAGUCCUGCAAAGUUCCUCACAAAAGUAUUUGUGAGAAAAAAGAAAAAAGGGCCACGUGCGUCUAAAAUUUAGUUUAGGUUAUAAAGCAAUCACGGUAGGCUCAUUCUGCCUCAAAUCACCGAAAGCCCCACAUCUGACCAUCUUCUUGACUGAUUUUUUCUUAAAGUGGUGAAUAUUGAUUGAGUUGACCAGGUGUGAAAUCUGGGCUCCCAGGUUACAUUGGUUGGUUAAAAAUCCUUAAAGAGGGAAGGGAUCGUGUCGAUUUAUACGUCAGCGUCUUCUUGCCAAUGUUUGAAGGUCCAUAACUAGAGGAAUAAUGUAGCUGGAGUCCUGAAACCUUGCAUUCUCAUCCAUAUGGACAUCUAGUCUUCAGUGGUUCAGCCAUGCUUAGAUAGAAUCAUACAAACCAGUUAUAUGAUGGUGUGAAGUUGCUCAAAAAAUGUUAUUUUUUCUCUCUACUCUAAUACUCCAACACCCACAGUUGUUAUAGUUUUCAACCUAAGAGGCUGAAUUUCUCCUGUGAUGGCACCAAUUCUAAGUUACUAGUUAGUAAAAGGCAUACUUUGAGAAAAUAUUGAAAUUAGUUUUUUUUUUGCAUUCCUGUCCAGUGUCAGGACAAUCACUGAGCAGGUAUGAUGGUGACACCACUCCAACAGUGACCCAAACUGGAAGGACAUUGUUAGUGGGUUUGAGGCUGCUGUUGGAGUGGGUUCAACAUCACACCUGCUCAACGUAGGUUCAAAUACUGCCCAUAAAUGCAAAACUGUAUACCUCUGACUGACACCAUACUCUACAUUUUUAGAGCUCCCAUUGGUGCCAAUCAAAGGAAAAAAUAUCAGCAUCUGAAAAAUAAAGGUUUUAUGUUUGGUGGAAUAUCAGAAUAGAAGAAACGUGUAGACUUUUGGACCAACUGGUUUGUAUUAUUCAUUCAGAGCAGGGUUGUACCAUUGAAGACCAGACCUACAUAUCAAUGAGCCUGCAAGGUUUUAGGACUCUUAUCUGCACUAUUUCUCAAGCCAUGGCUCUUCAAACAAUCUAGCGCAAAGAAAACGAUGCAAAAAUCAACAUGAUCCACCUACUUUAGGUUUGAUUUAAAUAAAAAGUUACGACACCUGCAAAAAUGUAACACACUGGAUUAACAUACAUUUGCAAAGAACUGACAAACAUUAGAUGGUCAGGCAUGAAGUCUGGUUUUUUUUUUUCCAAAUUUGGUGAAUUGAGGUGGAAUGACCCAGCGCAGCUUAUGGAGCGAUGCUGGUUUUGUAAAGCUACUGCCACAAAUAUUUAAACAUUCCUUCCCAACCCUGUCUGUGUAGAUUCUCAGUCGUCCAGCUCAUGGUCGUCCUCAGUGCUUCAGUAGAAGGAAACUUUACUUCUUUUUGUGUCUUAGAAACAUUUAUAGAGAAAAACUGGCUUUUGCCUUUCGAUUGUGACACCUGAGAGGGCGUAAAAUUACUUUGGUUGUAGUUUUUAAACAGAGCUCAAGAUCUUUGUGUGUCUAUCACCUGUGCUUAUGAAGUGAUGAGGGUUCAAAAAUACUGAAAGAAGUAAAGCAGAUUUAAAUGCAAAAUUUCGACCCAGCCUUACGUACUUUAAGGGCAUGCAACUGAUGUAACUUCUACAGUUUAUUGAGCCAAAAAUGUUAAUUCUGACACAUUUGGAUGAAUUCAUAAUAAAAAAUUAUUUCACCUCA